AGCGAGCGAAGGUUCGGGCGGGGCGAGAGGUCGCUGGCGUCGAGGUAGCUGCCAGUACGCGUCCAGCCUGCCGCUGUCAAAAGACGUUUUUCGAUCGGUUUUAGAAAAAUUUGUAUCGCGUUCCCGCAGGGGGAGGAGAGCUAGAGUCACGACGAAGGCACAGCCCGGGCGUAGCUCGAUUUCGCUGUUAGAAAGCGAAGAAGGCACCUAAGAAAGGUGGACGAAUCGCGCGGGACGAUAUAUAAACGGAAGAGUAUUCGGGAGUGUUUAUGCAUCAAUCAAACGGCGAGGAGGUGGCGGAGUAGAUCCAGAGAGAAUAGAGAGCCAGAGGGAGAAGUGAUAUCAACUCGUAGUUUUGGAAGAAAAAUAGAAGUGACCGCGCGUCGCCGGUGAACGAUUCAAAGUAUAUAUAUACAUAUAAAAAAAAUAAAAUUUUUUUUUUCAAAAAACGCGUAAGGAGAAACGGCAGAGCGUAUACCCCCCGUUUGGAUUGUGUAAAAAGUACCAACCCACCUCCUGAGAGACGGGGCUGUGCCGGGGCUUACGAUUCUCAAAUUAUCGAUCAAAUACAUAGUAUCGGAAAAUACAAGUGACCGGGAGUGCGCGAAAAAAAAUCCCCAAUAAUUCUCUCGUCGCGAUAUCACGGUGAUAUAAUUAUCGCCGAAAAAAAAAAACGGUACAAUACAAGCGAGAACGCAUCGUUACGGGGAUAAUAAUCGAAAUUCAAAAUCCAUCAUUCGAAAAUAAAGCAGGGAGUUAACGACCCGCAAAGGCAGUGUGAUACGAUUAAAGGCAGAGGCAGCCAGGCGAUCCGACGGAGUCGAAAGUCCAGGGUGUAUGAAUGUCCGAGUUCCGCGGUGCUGCAACGGCGCGGUUUAACCACCCUUGGACAUAGGAAGCAGGAGACGUGCGAGGAGGAAGCCGUUUCAUCGGUCUCCGAGUUCGCGGGGUGGCUUCGAAAUUUCAGGAUCGUCCGGAAAUAGGCGUAAGGGUGGCGGCGUCCCGAGGUGGUCGACGCCGAAGGUAGCUCGGUGGGCCGACGAGUUUUGGGGGGGCGCGAGGGUUGCGUCGUGUCCGAUCGCCGGGGGUGGAAUAACAAGGGGCGGGGGUGGCGUUUGUGAAGGCAACCUGCGGCAAGAUGGGCUGCGCCAUGUCAGCGGAAGAGCGGGCCGCUCUGGCCCGCAGCAAGCAGAUCGAGAAGAAUCUCAAGGAGGAUGGUAUCCAGGCCGCCAAGGACAUCAAGCUCCUGCUUCUCGGAGCUGGAGAGUCCGGCAAGAGUACCAUCGUCAAACAGAUGAAAAUCAUCCACGAGAGCGGAUUCACGCCGGAAGACUUCAAACAGUACAGGCCGGUUGUCUACAGCAAUACGAUACAAUCUCUGGUCGCCAUUCUCAGAGCUAUGCCCAAUCUUAACAUCGUCUUUUCGACCAACGAACGAGAGACCGAUGCUAAGAUGGUGUUCGACGUUAUCCAACGGAUGGAGGACACCGAGCCGUUCAGCGAAGAACUACUGGCUGCUAUGAAGAGGCUUUGGGCCGACAACGGGGUCCAAGAGUGUUUCGGGAGGAGUAACGAGUACCAGCUGAACGAUUCGGCUAAAUACUUCCUCGACGAUUUGGACCGGUUAGGUGCCAGGGAGUAUCAACCAACGGAACAGGACAUUCUCAGGACUCGAGUGAAAACCACUGGGAUAGUAGAGGUCCACUUUUCGUUCAAGAACCUCAACUUCAAGUUAUUCGACGUCGGUGGCCAGAGGAGUGAGCGCAAAAAGUGGAUCCAUUGUUUCGAGGAUGUAACAGCCAUCAUAUUUUGCGUAGCCAUGUCCGAGUAUGAUCAAGUUCUUCACGAGGACGAGACAACGAACCGGAUGCAGGAGAGCUUGAAGCUUUUCGACUCGAUUUGCAACAACAAGUGGUUCACGGACACGUCGAUAAUUCUUUUCUUGAACAAAAAGGAUCUCUUCGAGGAAAAGAUCCGCAAAUCGCCCCUGACCAUAUGCUUCCCCGAAUACGCCGGCGCCCAAGAAUACGGCGAAGCGGCUGCCUACAUCCAGGCACAAUUCGAGGCAAAGAACAAAUCUACUUCGAAAGAGAUUUACUGCCAUAUGACAUGCGCCACCGACACAAAUAACAUUCAGUUUGUCUUCGACGCUGUGACAGACGUGAUUAUAGCUAAUAAUCUUCGCGGCUGCGGUCUCUACUAGCCUAAUUCAAUAACGUAAUACAUCCUAUUUAAACAACCUAUAAUUAUAAGCGUGAACAAUUGACGAGAAAAAAGGGCCGCGAGCAGAAGAGAGAAAGAGGAAAAGAUGGAGAGAUCGAGAGCUGCCGUUAGGAAGAGGGAUGAUUGGAAUGAAGAAGUAGGAAGAAACAAAGUGAAGACAACAAGAAAGAAGGGAAAUGGAAAUGCGAAAGGAUAAGAAAUGAAAGGAAUAGAACGUGAUUAAUUACAACGCUUCUGUAAAACCUGUUAAACGGUUUUCAAUCCAACUUUAUCAUUAUAUAUAUUUAACUGUUUUAUAUGUACAGUGGCUCUUAAACGUAUACAUAAUAUACUGUAUGAAUAGGGUAUAUCGAGUACAUACAUUAAUAGAAUCUUACGUAACUAGAGAGAAAAAGAGGGAGAGUGUGAGAGAGUGUGAGAGAGAGGGAGAGUGAGAGUCAGAGAGAGAGGGUGAGAGAGCGAGAGGGGGGAAGAGAGAGGGAGAGAGAGAGGGAAAGAGUGUGAGAGAAGAGUGUGUGUGUGUGUGUGUGAGAGAGAGAGAGAGAGAGAGAGGAAGAGAGAGAGAGCUAAUCAUUACUACAUUGGUGAGUUAUUGAAAAAUCUCGACGUCAGCAGACGAUUGACUUUUAUUCGUCGUAUAAAUAUACGCAAUUUGCAGUGGAGGCUGCUUAGCUGCGAUUCAGAUCUGAAACAUUCGUUGAAGCGAGAUUUUUAUUUUUUAUUUUUCUCUGUUAUAUAUCGAACGCUGAAAAUAUUAUCGAGCGUUCACCGCAUUCAUUAAAGGUUUCUCAUUAUCAAUUACUACACAGCUGUGCCAGAUUCUCGAGAUACGAAUCUCUCGGUCUUGAUCUGAAAUUUAAAUAUCACAAAAAUCCGCUUUUUUUUCCCCGAAUUUAUGAGGGCGAAAGAUUUGAAUUAUCGUUAUUAAAGGUUGCGAUAUUUUAGCUAGUGUAUCGUUGGAUUCAUUUACUCAAAAACAAAGACCACGAAUAAUACGGAUAUACAAUAAACAGGUAAAUAUUGUGAUCGAAGUGAAAAAAUUGCACAAAUUGUUUAUUUAUAUAUUUUUUUUUUUUACAUCCGAUUCGUGAAUAUCGCAGAUGUAACGAAAAUACUGCAAUUCACGAGGCGCACAGGGCAACUGCACAAAGGGGAUAAAAUUUUUGAAUAAAAUAAAUCGAGUUCAAAUCAUAUAUGCACAUAUACUACACACGCACAUGAUAUACACCGUACGCAGCGUACAGUUUUUAUCACUUACAAAUCGCAGUAGAGACAGAGAAAGAUAUAGAGUCGGCAAUCAAAGAAGCAACAAAAGUAAUACCUAAGUGAUCAAAUUUAAAAAAAAAAAUUAUCAUUACGUAUUAUUAUUAUUCUAAUUAAAUAAAAGUAAACAUACGCGCAAAUAUAUAAAUUUUUUUCACUACUCUGUCGUCCUUUUUCAUAUUUAGUUUUUACCAUAUUAUUAUUAUUAUUAUUUUAUCUGCUUAACUCGUUCCUGGAUACGUAAAGUUUAAUUUUUUUCUUCUUUUAUAAUUAAAUAAAUGAGUUUUCACGACAUGUAUAUAAAUAUUAUAAAUUCAUCUGGGAAACUAUCGUCAUGGAAAAUAACAAUCAUAUAAUUCUCUCAUCGCAGUUUCGCAAUUUAAUGAGAACAGUCCAAAGAGCGAUUAUAAUUAUUUUCUGUUGAAUUUGUAUGAGUAAAAAAAAAACUUGGUAGUUUAAUGGCGAAAGCGCUGUUUUAUAAUUAUUACGUGUAAUACGUUUGUGGUUUAGUUCCAAUGCAAUAGUCGUUCCGAAGGAAACAAGGCUUACAUUUCUAUUUACGGACCUCUGCCUCAAUCGCGUUGGUUUUGGAAAUUUUACUUUGCAUCAUUUGUACACUAUGAUUUGCUUACGUUUAUACACUUGAAUUUAUCAAUCCAAUAUCCUCACAACGUGAAACGUAUACCCCAAUAUAUAAUAAUCAUGUCACGGCGUUAUAAUAAUUACACGUGACCUGAUAGAACUCGAGUUAUUAUAGAACAAAUCUACGGUGGCAUUUAUUUAUUCUAUACAAUUAAAAACAAAAAGGUUUAAAAAGAAAUGGUAGUAAUUUAUAGUUCAUACUCACGCGAUUGCAUCACGCGCAUGUUGGUACAGACUCCGUUUGGCGGCGUAUGAUAAUUUAUAAUGUUAUAAAAAAAAUAUUAGCGCUAGAUGAUAAAAAAAAAAAAAAAAAAAAAAAGUAAAGAAAUAAAAUAUAUAUACAUAUACAUGUAUUGUAUAUAUAUAUUCGACACACAUGCACAAAUAAAUGAUUGUUCAAUUAAAAAUAUUACCCGGCAAUUAUAUAAUCCUGGGCUAGUACGUCUUUAUCCGAAAACGUAUUUUUCUAACAACAUAUUAUCUCUUAGAUGCGAUCAUUUUCUAUUAUAGGCAUGCAAUUUAUUUGUCUUUAUCGUCAGUAUUUUCUUAGCCUUUUUUUUUCUAUUGCUUGUCCGUUAGUUUCUUCGUUUUUCAUUAUUUAGAAAAAAAAAAUAUGUAUAUAUAUAUAUACAUAUAUAUAUAUAUAUAUUCACAACUAUUUUGACAAUAUCCUGGUAGCACUGCAUUUUCGGAGCGGGAGAAUGAAAUGAUUACAUGUACACACAAAACAAAAGCUCAUACGGGACCUCACAGCGUAAAUAUAUAUUAUUAUAAUUCAUAUACUAUACAUUCAAAGUUACAAAUUUAAACAGUCAAAAAAAAAAAAAAGAAAAAGAAAAAAAGAAAAAAAAAACCAAUACACAGAUUUCGUUGCGCACAGUCGUAAGAUUCGAGGCACUGUAAUAGGAGAGUCAAGAAAAAUAGCGCGUAUAGAAGAAAGAAGUAAGAGACCAAAGGAACAGAUGAAUGAAAAACGAUGAAAAGAAAAAUUUUAAUUAAAAAUGCACGAAUAUUUUUCGCUCCUGAAGUACUCUUAAACACUGAUAUUUUCAUAUCUAUUAUAUUUUACUAUUACGCAAAUCAAGUGAGAGCAUGAAAGAAAAACGAUGAAAACGAAAAAAAAAAAAAAAAAGAAAACAAAA